AUGAGCAAAAGCUAUGACCCCAAAGCAACCAGAGACUUAGCUCUCGAGAAGAGCUACCUCAGGGAAGCUCGGAUAGAAGGCCAAUCUGACGGCGGUGUCUCGACCAUCACACGCGCGGGCUAUUCGCGAACGCACAUCGUCAAGUCUGACAGCUGGGCGAGCAAAGCCUUGCCCACCUGCUCUGGUAUGUGUGCGUAUACCCUUGGUCGUCAGUCCCUCGAAGAUAGUGGUCACAUCAAUGGGGUCUUUGACCCAACUGUCGGCAAGGCUGUGAACUUGAUAGACUCGGAAAUGACUGUGGUCAGAGAACCGAUAGAGGACUACUUGACGGGUCCACUGUCCUUCAAGCGACAGGCACGUUACCUGAUCCUUCAUCCUCGACAGACCAUUUACAUGCCCCAGGGCACGAUCCACUACUUCUUCCGCAAGCACGGCUACCCGACCCUGAUCACAGGUGGGUUUGGCCGAGCGACACCCUGUUACCUCGAGUUGAACAUUCUGGAUGAUACUGGCCGUCGUCGGCCUUGA